UUCCCUGUGUUUUGUCCUGGUACUAAAAAUUGGCCAAGAUGGCCGACCAGAAACCUACAGUUUUGGUCACAGGUUUUGGACCGUUUGGACAAGUUAAAGUAAAUUCUAGCAUGCUUGCUGUAAAGGCAUUAAAAUCGUCAGAUCUUAGUGAAAAAGUAAAUCUUGUCACAGAAGAAAUUCCUGUCAUCUAUGAUUUUGUAAAGAAUCAUAUUCCCGUGUUGUGGGAACACUAUAAACCAAAGCUGUGUGUCCAUGUCGGAGUCCACUCAUUGUCUGAGACUGUUGUAUUGGAGACAUGUGCUCGUAAUGAUGGUUAUCAGAGUUUACAAGAUGUGGAGGGCAAGUUCCAUGAAUCUGACUGCUGUAUUCCCGGUGCAUCAGAUGUCAUACAUACACCUCUUAAUCUGGAAAGUGUCUCAGAGGAAGUGAAUACCUCUGGAUGCCCAUGCAAAAUAAACCUCUCUAACGAUGCUGGAAGGUACCUAUGCGAUUUUAUCUAUUACACAUCCCUAUAUCAUGGAGACAGCCCUACUGUAUUUAUACACUUGCCGCCUGUGGAAGGACCCUAUAGCAAGGAAGAGAUGGCAGAGACAUUAAGACUUCUCAUCAACUCAAUGUUAAAACAGCUUAACAUAGCAUGACAGGGUAUGAUAGUUUCAAAUGACUAGUUUUAAACGUGACCUGUAAAACCAUGAACACCGAAGUAUGUUGGAAGUUUGUUUACAUACAAUUACUGGACAGAUAUUCAAACAGUCUACUAGAAACAUGUCUCCGUGCCUAAACCUCAUGUCUGAUUUGACAUAAGAAAUUAAACACUCACAUGGUGUUCAUGGUUUUGCUGGUAGCACUGUUAGGACUCCAUUUUAUUUGUAUUUAUUGUAAUUGUUGGGGGGGGGGGGGGGCAAGAUACAGAAAAAAACAUUGGGGGGGGGGGGGGGCAGCCAUGCCCCCUGUCAUUUCCUUUUAAUUUUGAAAAUAUUGGCCUGAGUGUUACCCUGGGUAUCAGAGGCUCCACUCUGCUCAAAUCGUCAGAGCCGUAAAGCUCUGAGCCUCUGGUACACAGAGUACCCUGGUGCCAGCAAUGGUAUUUGAGACAGUAGGAUUGACAGUGUAAAUGGCUUUAAUCAAAUGAGUAACCUUUUAAUAGUUUAGAAAGGCACAUUUUUAUAGUGAUAUAUGUGUGUGAGGAAUAAAAUUUGAAAAAAUG